UUCAAAGAAUGGAUUGUCUUACUUUGCAGCGAGCUGGGUAAAAAGCCUACUAGGUAUCUGGUAUGAGAUGGAGAUAAGUACUGGAUUGACGACGCACAUGUCGCUGUCAUGGAUUUCUUCACGCUAAGCUGAGUGUCUACCUUCUUGCUACCUUUUUCUUCUCAUCUUUGCCGCGCUGCACUUCCCCCUUCCUUCAUCUCAAGCCCCUCCUCACCCAUUGCGAACGCCCCCGAUGCCUGGGCUCCUGUCCAUUCUGUCUUCUUGCAUUGGUCUCAUCACGAUCGAGGAACCGCCGCCAUCGGCACAUACCAGGAAGAGAAUGGCUCGGAAGAUGGAUGCGCGUCAACGGAAUCCUCCCAAGCCCGUUGCUUCGAGUGCACCGCAGGCUGCACCGUCUCCGGCGGCAGCGGCGGUGCCUGGAGUAGAGAGACAGCAUGUCCCGGAAACCCAGUUUGUCUAUACAGCACAAACUGUUCAGGGAACACAGCCUGUCCAUGAACCGCAGCCUAUCCCUGGUCCGCAACUUGGCUGCGCACCGCAAGAUGUUAUAAUAGCGGUAUGCGGACUGCAACCUGUUCAGGGACCACAACCUGGCUAUGGAUCGCAACCUGUUCGAGAACCAAAUUUGGAGCAGGUACCACAACAGCGACCGCAACCUGUCCAGCAACCACAAUUUGUCCGAGAAACACAGCCUGCCCAGGGACCACGCCCUGCUCGAGAGCCAGAUGUUGACCGAAAGAGACCCACUGCAGGUGAAGCACGAUAUGCACCAGGUAACCAGUCCGCACGGUAUGCACGAGCUCCACGAGGCCCACGAAGUACACCACCUGCGUCCAUCCCCGCUGCAACACAGCCCAUGUCGUCUGAUGGCGUCAGCACUCGACCGAUGCGGAGACACCGGUCAUCGCCCGAGAGAAAUGCCCUUGAAUCACACAUAGAGGAUCGACGUCGGCCAUAUUCCAAAGAUCAAUUAUAUGAACAGUCCGAAUAUGAAAGGCCGCGAAGUGAUGAAUCGUCCGAUACUGGCUCGACGAGAGCUCACGCUGAUUACAACCCAAGAGACGAUUACCCACUGCCCGGAUGUUAUACGCAGCUUGGGGACUAUGACUCUCUCCCAGAAGAUGAGUGGCCUCGAGAUAUCAAAGGGCCUGAUCAACAUGUACCGUAUUCUGGAGGUUCAGGCCCUGCUGGAAUGUUUGCGUGUCCUGUCAUCCAAGUUUUUCCAGUCUUCACAGCGCCCUUAUGUCCAGGGCCUUAUCCAAUGACUCCAAAGCCAACACUUUCCUCUCCGCCAUACCAGGCGCCGACAAGUUCUCCCCAAGGAACGGAUUUUGGCAAGAGUCACGACCAUUCAUUACAUCAUAGACCUAAUCCAAUGAUUCCCAAACCACCACAAUGCUGUUCCGAACAUCGGGCUCCGAAAGCCCUGCUUCUAGCAAACGGUGGCCAAGAAGAUCGUGAUCAGACGCACCAUCAUUCCAUACAUCAUCAGCCAACAAUGUCCCCAGAUUCGACACCAUCAUCCUGGGCGGGCUCCGAGCCAGUUGGGUCGCCUGGAAAGUCAAAGAAGAAAAGGCGGUCAGCUUCAAAGAUCGGCUAUAUCUGGCCUAAGGAUCCUCGACCGGGAAACCCAGGACGGUGGUCUCGCGGAUCGCGCUUAUGUGACAUCCUCACUGGAAAGGGACCCGACAUGUAUGUUGGACGGAUCGGUGUGCGCACCCGGGAGGAGGUAACCGGCGAGACCCCGAAAGCCCAGAGAGGAACCGAAAGAUACAGAUGGGAUUCUGAGAAAUAUUGGUCGCUAUGGGGCCACGAGCACGAACUCCACUGCAAGGCAGACUACUGUGACGACUGUGAUAGAAUUGAAGAGCAACGUGUAAGGGAUAAUCGUAUCCCGCAGGCGAGACGAGGAUCGUCAGAGCGGUAUGAUUUUCGGAUGAGGAAGUAUCGGGAACCGGAUGUCGGGACCUGGUCCGGGGUGCGAUUCUGCAGGGAGAGAUCGCAUACGGUGCCGAGGGUGUAUAGGGAUAUCCAAGGGCGGUCGUACCCGGGAAAUCAGUGGCAUGAUACUGUUCAUGGGGCGCAUACUGAUUAAUCAAGCGUUCUGGAUGAUGUUGUGCUGUGUGUGAGUUUGGUGCUGUUUAAAUACAAGUAGCGUGGUAGGCGUCGAAUACGGGUUCAGGCCCGUUGGGCGGCUGGGUUGCUUUGAGACGGCGAAUUGCUGGGAGAUUCGCUGCUUUGUCUGUAAUACUGCCGCACUUGAUGCAGGUUGUUUGCAACAUGUUCGAAUAGGACGAAAUCAUUUC